GGUUGAAUUCAAUCACCAUUUUUUUCAUCAAUCUCGUACCCUAAUUAACUUUACCCUUUUCCUUUUCUCAGCAGGAUGUACAAGAGAGCAAGGAACAGCGUUCACAAACCCCUUCGCGAUCUCUCCAAUCGAGAGCUCGGUCACUUACCUGCCAGAAUAUUCCCUAACCGCCUCGCCGCCUCCGAGGAUCUUGUUCUUCGACUUGAUGUAUUUAAAAAGCUCGACAAGCACAGAGGCUGUGUCAACACUGUAUGCUUCAAUGCAGAUGGUGACAUUCUGCUUUCAGGUUCUGAUGACAGGAGGAUUAUUCUCUGGGAUUGGGAAACCGGCCGUGUUAAGCUCUCCUUCCAUUCCGGUCAUAGUAACAAUGUUUUCCAGGCGAAGUUCAUGUCUCACUCCUAUGAUCGUAGCAUUGUCACUUGUGCUGCUGAUGGCCAGGCGAGACAUGCUCAACUUCUUGAAGACGGACAUGUGGAAACCAAGUUAUUGGGGAAGCAUCAAGGACGGGCUCAUAAGUUGGCUAUCGAACCUGGUAGUCCUCAUAUAUUUUACACUUGCGGUGAAGAUGGAUUAGUACAGCAUUUUGAUCUUAGAACUGGGACUGCAACAGAACUUUUCACCUGCAAGCCACUAAAGGAUAGUUGGAAUUACAUGCCAGUUAUCCAUCUUAAUGCAAUUGCAAUUGAUCCAAGGAACCCAAAUCUCUUUGCGGUUGCUGGGUCUGAUGAGUAUACCCGACUUUUUGAUAUCCGCAAGUAUAAAUGGGAUGCAUCCACCGAUUUUGGUCAACCAACUGACUACUUUUGCCCUCCGCACUUGAUUGGUGAUGAGAGAGUAGGAAUAACAGGCCUGGCCUUUUCUGAACAAAGGGAGCUUCUUGUGUCAUACAAUGAUGAAUUUAUUUAUCUGUUUACACAAGAUAUGGGUUUGGGACUGGACCCUGUUCCCGGAUCCCCUAUAUCUGUGGAUAGUGAUACAAGUGAAGCAGGAGGCAGUCAUGGAUCUGCACGAUCUCCAUCAAACACAGAUGCUGAUGUUAAAAUCGCGCCUCAAGUUUUCAAAGGACACAGGAAUUGCGAGACAGUGAAGGGUGUUAAUUUCUUUGGGCCUAAUUGUGAGUAUGUGGUGAGUGGGUCAGACUGUGGUCGUAUUUUCACAUGGAAGAAGAAAGGUGGUGAGCUUAUUCGUGUCAUGGAAGCAGACAAGCAUGUUGUGAACUGUAUCGAGUCUCAUCCUCAUUCAACAGUUCUUGCAAGCAGCGGUAUUGAGCAUGACAUCAAGAUAUGGACUCCAAAGGCCCUCGAGAAAGCUACUUUGCCCAAAAAUAUUGAGCAGAAACCCAAGGCUAGGGGCUGGAUGUACCAGAUAGCUUCUCAGGAAGACCUGAUGUUGCAACUGUUUUCACUUCCAAGACGGAGGGCUAGGACAGAAAACACUGUAGAACACUCAACUGCAGAUCAAGAACUUUUAGACUUGAUACUGACAUUCAAUACUAUUAGUGACGAUUCUACUGACGAUGAUGGUGAUGAUGAUGGAGAUGCAACCAACCAAGAUGACUUGUUCAGUUGAGUUGAGUUCUGCAUGUUGACAAUGUUAGCCAAUUGUAUAUAUAACAUAGGUUUAAGAAUAACUGUUGAGUAGAAUCUUGCAUACUGUCUUAACAGUACUCCGUGCAUAUACAACUGCCCUUCAAUUUUAUUUGUGGUCUUUUAUUUUUAUUUUUAUGAAGUUUGAUCUAUAGCACACACAUAAUUAGUUCUUUAUGUUA